GAGGUGUUCCUGAAUGCAUCAUUUCAUAGCGCUGAAAUCUUCACAGGACGUACACACGGGCUGGCCUCCUCUUAAAGACAUCCACUGUUUGUCUUCAGUCCUCAGUGGACUCUCAGCUCGGAGGGGCAGCUGUCUGACAGGAUGGAGGACAUUUGCUGUGAACUCACUAUACCGACUGCUUCACUGUUCGUCAGUGCUUCGGGUGUUCUGCGUGUCAUUUGACAAACUCUAUACAGUCCCGGGAACGAGUUGUAUGCGGAGAAAAAAAUCGUGUGGUUUUGUGAACAUACGCUAUAGUUUUUAUACUUGUGCAGCUUUGCAACCUUCAGGGUGCGUUGUAAAAGUCAAACACCAGCUGGUCAGGAGAUGUAUUUGGUUUCCACGUGGAUUCACCGACAAUGUUAGGCUUUCAGCUCCGAUAUGAAGUAAAGAACUGAGCACAAUGUUCCCCCUGAACAUGUGCAGCGCGUUACCGUCCGCACACACACACCGUUCCACCGAACCAAAGUAACCGCGCCUGGAUCUCUGAAUCGACCUGAAACAUGUUGAUUCUGUGGGUCCCGGUGAGUUUAUUCCUCAGCUUCAUCAUUUCUCAGACGUGGAGCGUUCAGUUGUCGUGGGAAAACUGGAAUGCCGAGCUACGCAACCGACGGAACGAGUUUGAUAAGACAAGCUCUCAACCACACAUCGUCUUUAUCCUGGUGGAUGACCAAGGCUUCCGGGAUGUCGGGUACCACGGCUCAGAGAUCAAAACCCCGACUCUUGACCGACUGGCAGCGCAGGGAGUCAAACUGGAAAAUUAUUACGUGCAACCGCUCUGCAGCCCGUCCAGAAGCCAGCUCAUGACCGGCAGGUAUCAGAUCCACACAGGCCUUCAGCACUCCAUCAUCCGAGCUACCCAGCCCAACUGCUUGCCCCUGGAAAAUGUCACCCUGCCCCUGAAGCUCAAAGAAGCGGGAUACGCCACUCACAUGGUGGGCAAGUGGCACCUAGGCUUCUACAAGCGUGGCUGCCUGCCCACCCAGCGUGGGUUUGACACUUUCUUUGGCUCUCUGCUAGGCAGUGGGGAUUACUACAGUCACUACAAAUGUGAAGGGCCUGGUAUGUGUGGCUAUGAUUUGUAUGAAGGGGAAGAGGCAGCCUGGGAACAGGACCGUGGAUUGUACUCUACUGUGAUGUUUACUCGAAAGGCUAUCAACAUUUUAGCCAAUCACAAUCCUCGCAGACAACCCUUAUUUCUCUACUUAGCCUAUCAGGCAGUUCAUUCCCCGCUUCAGGUUCCUGCCCGCUACCUUGAGCGCUACAAGAGCAUUCCAAACGUGCAUCGUCGCAAGUAUGCUGCCAUGGUGUCUUGCCUUGAUGAAGCUAUCCACAACCUCACGUUAGCACUAAAACGCUACGGUUAUUAUGAUAACACAGUUAUAGUGUACUCCUCAGAUAACGGUGGCCAGCCUUUAGCAGGUGGAAGCAACUGGCCCUUGAGGGGGAGUAAAGCCACCUACUGGGAAGGCGGGAUUAGGGCAGUGGGCUUUGUUCACAGUCCCUUGUUGUUAAACAAAGGGACAAAAUGUCUAUCUUUGGUCCACAUCACUGACUGGUUCCCCACACUGGUGACCCUGGGGGAAGGGACUUUAGAUGAAGAUCUAAAUCUGGAUGGGUAUGAUGUUUGGGAGGCAAUUAGUGAAGGCCGCCCAUCUCCUCGCCAGGACAUUCUUCAUAACAUUGACCCAAUCUACAUCAAAGCCAAGAAUGGUUCAUGGAAGGCUGGGUAUGGCCUAUGGAACACAGCCAUCCAGGCUGCACUCCGCGUGGGCCACUGGAAGCUCCUGACAGGUGUUCCCGGCUACAGUGAUUGGGUUCCACCACAGACCUUCUCCAACCAGCAGAUUAUCAAUCGCUGGCAUAAUGAGCAUGUCCGUUGGGACCGGGGUAAGUCAAUCUGGCUGUUCAACAUCACAGCUGACCCUUAUGAGAGAGUGGACUUGUCUCAGCACUACCCUCACAUAGUGAAGAAGAUGCUAAUGCGGCUGGCACAGUACAACAAGACUGCUGUGCCAGUACGCUACCCAGCUAAAGACCUACGCUCUAACCCUCAGUACAACGGGGGCGUGUGGGGACCCUGGUACAAAGACGAGAAGGCGGAGCAACAAGUAGAUGAAAGCUUCAAUAACUUGCUGAGCAACCAUCUUGGAAAAAGAAGGUGGAAAAAGAAAUCGAAGAACAGAAAGUUGAAAAGGAAGGUAGAAGAGUAACCUACACUAUUUGUAAAAGACUUUUCUCAGGGAUUGACACUUCCUGUUUCAGGAUCCUCUGCAAAUGUUGUAAUGCUGCGUUCCAUUUGUACUCGUAAGUCAUAACUCCGGAUUCGGGAGUGACAUCACAUCCAUUUAAAAACGAGUUGGAUGCAUUCUGUUUGCCACAACACAAGACAGCUCCUUUGUAAUGUUAUUCAGCUAUUGUUGUAGCAACAGCCAGCCUUCUUGGUUUGUCAACUUGGUGUCCUCUGAGGCCGAUCAGGUUGAUGAGCUGGAAUUCUGACUUCCGGUGGCUUUCCAUUUGUCACUUCUGGCUUCAGAAGUUUAAAAACAACUUGGAAAACAACUUAAGAGUACAAAAUAAAUGCACGGUAACUCCUGGGGCCCGUCUCAAGAAGGAGGUUCAGCAAACUCUGAGUUAAACCAUGACCAAAACUCUGGGUUGGUUGACUGUGAGUUAAGCGCAUGCACCACAACUAUAAAAAGCCAUCAUGAAUGGAGCCCUGAUUCUAUGAUUCUCCAUGGAAAUAGCCCGUAAGAAAAAGGGGGCCCCCUAUUUUUUGUCUGUAGAACAACAUGGCCCCAUUUAGGCAGCCGACUAAGAUGAGCACACAUAUAUAUAUGUAUAUAUAUAUAUAACAUACAUAUAUAUACAUAACAGGAAGGAUGAGAUUAUGAAUAUAUCAGCUUCAAAAGAAAAAUGGUACCACUCCACUAAAUAUCCAUCCAACCGAGACAAACAAUCCAGUCUGGGCCUCAGAAUUCUCUUCUGGCGUGAAAGCAACUCCCUACGAACUAGAUCAGCCUCCUCACCUUAUAGGAUCCUCAAUAAAUGAACAUGUCAUUUUAAUAGUGAAAUACUUUGUCGUUCUCCACAAAAAUGCGUGUGUCCGAAUGAGGAAAUGAAGCAGCAGUUCGGCUCUGUAAAGAUGAGGAGACAGACAGAAACUUGGGGUACACUUACAGAAAUCUGCUCCUGACCAGGUUAUGUUCACAGACUACGUUACCAUGGUACCUUACUCAGAGUACAAGUUAACUCUCUUUCUGAAAUCAGCUUGAGUUACCCCUUUGUCUCGGGUUUGAGUUACCUUUCUUGCUGAAACAGUUGACCCAGAGUUUCCCUCAUUUCAGGCUUAACUUCCUCAGAGUUUUCAUUAAACCUACUUUCUGAAACGGCCCCUGUUAGUUUUAACUUGACUCAGUAUAUACUGUAUGAAAAACAAUGUGGGUGGAGCUUUGAAAUGCUUCAAGAAAAUAAGAAAAAAAAAUCUACUUGUUCAAACACUACUGUCAAGCCCAGACACAGAUGAGACCUCAUGUUAAUAGUAGAGGCAUUUAAAGAAUGUUUAUUUUUCUAGAUUGUGUUGCAUGCUUGAACUGUUGUCACCUUUGGAUUGUUUUGUAGAGUAGAAAAUAAAUCUUCCGAGACAGUUGUCAUAAAUUUUGGUGACAGAGAAUUAAAAUAAGACAUGGCUCUAUUAUGUUGUUCAUUACAGCGACACGUGGAAACAGAUGUAGGAUUUAUGAGAUGUAUGAGUUGAUGCCUGUUGGUUUUAAAAGCAGUCUGUCUGAACUUUAGAAUAAUAGAUUUUGUUACCUCUUUUAGAUGAUGUCUGGUCUGGCACCGAGCCAACCUGAAUGUAAGACAAACUAACAAAAUAAAACCCCAGACUCUUAA